AUGAGGCGCCAUUUGAGAGUCAGGGACUGGAGGCACCUGAUAGCGGACAGGAAUUCCACCAACCAACCCCAAGCCCUGCGGACCCAAGAGCUGCAGGCCGUGGUGGAUCAGGAGUUUGUAGACGUCUCGCUGGCGGACUACCGGGGCAAGUAUGUGGUUCUUUUCUUCUACCCCCUGGACUUCACCUUCGUGUGCCCUACCGAGAUCAUCGCGUUCUCGGAUCGCGUUGAGGAGUUUCGUGAGCGAGAUGCCGAGGUGCUGGGUGUAUCUGUGGACUCCGAGUUCUCCCAUCUGGCUUGGAUCCAGAUGACGCGCGACGAGGGUGGCUUAGGAGACAUCGAAUAUCCGCUCUUGUCGGACCUGAAAAAGGACCUUGCCACCUCCUAUGGAGUUCUGGCGCCUGAUGGCGCCUCCUACCGUGGACUCUUCAUCAUCGACAAGGAGGGUGUGGUGCAGCACUCGACUAUCAACAGCAACGCUUUCGGACGCAACGUGGAUGAGGUCAUCCGAGUCCUGGACGCCAUCAAGUAUGUCCAGGAGAACCCGGAUGAGGUGUGCUGUUGA